GCUCAGUCGUUGUGCGGGAGUGGUCGCCGAGGGAUGUGUGGUAUCGUAAUCGAGAGUGUGAUCGAGGAAUAAAGAGCCGGCGUUUUAGUUUUCGCUCGUGUUCCACGCUCUCUCGUUCGUAUCGCGCACGCAUUUCUUCCGGUUACCGAGGGAAAGAAAAGAAAAGAGAGCGAAAGGGAAAAAAAACCGGAUCGCGCGUAGUAGUCAGCGCCGUCGUUACCGCGACACGCAAGUUCUUUCUCGGCUUGCCCUCCCCCGCGCGUUCGCGCCUAGUUCGGAACCGGUGUACGGAUCCGCACAGAUCGUGUAUUUACUUCACUAUUUAUUGUAUAAAGGACUAUAAAUCAUAGCCGACACAAUGUCCGUGGAUAAGGAGGAAUUGGUACAGCGUGCGAAGCUUGCUGAGCAGGCGGAGAGGUAUGACGAUAUGGCAUCCGCGAUGAAGGCGGUCACCGAGACGGGAGUCGAGCUGUCGAACGAGGAAAGGAACCUGCUCUCGGUGGCGUACAAGAAUGUCGUAGGGGCGAGACGUAGUUCGUGGCGAGUAAUCUCUUCUAUCGAGCAGAAGACCGAGGGCUCCGAGCGCAAACAGCAGAUGGCCAAGGAAUACCGAGAAAAGGUCGAGAAGGAAUUGCGCGAGAUUUGCUACGAUGUAUUGGGACUCCUGGAUAAGUACCUGAUCCCUAAAGCUAGCAAUGCCGAGAGCAAAGUAUUCUACCUCAAGAUGAAGGGUGAUUACUACAGGUAUCUCGCAGAAGUCGCCACUGGUGAGACAAGAAACACGGUGGUUGACGACAGCCAGAAAGCAUACCAGGAUGCAUUCGAAAUCAGCAAGUCAAAGAUGCAGCCUACCCAUCCGAUCAGGCUAGGUCUCGCCCUCAACUUCUCUGUCUUCUAUUACGAGAUCCUCAACUCACCAGACAAGGCCUGUCAACUGGCCAAACAGGCGUUCGACGACGCGAUCGCAGAACUGGACACACUUAACGAGGACAGCUACAAAGAUUCCACGCUGAUCAUGCAGUUGCUGCGCGACAACCUCACUCUGUGGACCAGUGAUACGCAGGGUGAUGGGGACGAGCCACAGGAAGGCGGCGACAACUAACCUUCCUAAACUUAAGUCCUUUCUAAACCUAAUAAGAACAUCCUAUUCUCUAUCGUCUCCCCGUCCCCCCCUGAAGUGCUCACCUAUAUUUUCAUCCACCCAGAUUCAUCCAUCCAUGUCCACCUGUCCUCUCGUCCCUCGCGUACCUCGUUUCCUUCUUUCCUUUCUUCUUUUCAAUCGCAGAUCUCUCUUUUCCUUACACAUCUCUCCUCGAAAACAAAACAAACUGAUCCUUCUCACCUUUCUUUUUUCUCUUUCUUUCUUUCUUUAUCCUGACACGACCGCACACUGCUGCCGAUGCCACCGCCACAGCUGUUACGCCCAGUUCGAAAAAGUCGAACGUGCUAAGAGUACUCGUGCCACCCACCCAUGCUCGACUCCAUAUCUCUCCGCUCACGGAUGAUGGCAAGUGAAAAAUAAUUUGGAAAAUCUAUACAUAAAAUUGGAACCUCGUCGCGAUAUCCAGAAUAAACGAAGAGGCUAAAAUAUUAAUUGUGAAGCAUCGAGUAAAAUAUUCACGUACAUCGGCCAUCAUCGGUGAGGAGGGGGAUGGUCGAGACGCGUGGAUCACAUUCGGUCUCUCUGGCACAAACGUUUCUCAAGCAAAAGAAAUCCAUAUUGAUCCACUCAUUACCGUAUUGUUCCGGUGGAAUAUAGGAAGGAGCGAAUUGUGGAUGAACAGAGGAAAGGACAGGAGGAGGUACACACUCGCCUCUCCUUCGCAUACCCUGUCUCGUCGACGCGUGCAUCGUCGCGCGAUGCUGCCGAUGCACGAGUGACCUUCACGGUAACGCACACAUCGUAGAAAAAAAAGGAAGCGCUAGAUUAUUCGGCUUUGCUAGUAGAAAACAAAAGAAUGAUAUACUAAAGAGUGAAUCACGUUGGGACGAGACACGGAAUGCAGAGGACAACCUGCUGUCAUUACUCGCAGAAUCUGCUCGCUGCUUACCAUCUAAAGAAACAGACUAUAGAGCUAGAACGAAAGAGAAAACAAAAUCCAGACGAAAAGAAAUAGCGGAGGUACGAGAAGAAGCGAAGAAACAAAAAGCACGCAUGAAUCUAUUACAUUAUAUCCAGUUGUCAUUUAAAUUAAAUUUCACAUUGUCUAGCAAGUACGAAUAUUAUUAUACAAAGGGAAGAACGCAGGAGGAGAAAGAAAAGUAAAAACAAAUACAUUAAGUUAUUAAGUUCCAAAACGAUAUUAAUGGUGACUUGAUUUUCACACUCUUGCCAUUUGACUUCUCUCUUUUUUUUUAUUUCUUUUUUUUAUCCCAUCUCCAGCGGUCCUAUAAUUAUCCUAUAGCCAUCACAAUCUUGCACACCGCAUGCGACUCGGUAUAUCUCUUCUCAUGCAAACUUCUCCGUUCGCCACGACCGAAACGUCGCGGUUGCUUUCGUGAAUUUACCAAUGCCCGGAAUCGCGACCAGGGAUUUAACCGAAAUGUGACUCUUUUUUUUUCCACGUAACAUGAUUCUAUCUGCAAUGUAAAAGCGGCAAGAGGAAAAAAAAUUGAAUUUGAUCAGAUUUGGAGGCGACGAACGAGCGCGCUCGGUUUUUCACUCGCGCGCACGCGAUCGUCAAUAACUAUUGCAUAUUACAUUCUCAUUGGUCGUAUAAUUGUGACGCAGAGAGGGAAAAGAAAAGAGCACGUUUCUGGUCAUUGUUCUGUUCGUCAUCGUUCACAUACGCUCCCCUAGUUUCGCGUGAUCGAUGGAGGUGGAAUGUGGAAGAAUUCAUUCGAUUUCCAUUAUCACUGUCGAGCGCGGAGAUUACACACGUAUGACGCAUCAUUACGAAGCUGUAUAUCUCGAUCCUGACGUCUGGACCUUGACUUCCUCUAGCACACUCUAUUGUUCGACCGAUCCUCGUUUUUCUCUCUCCCUCUCUCUCCACUAUACGCGAUUAUAAUAUAUACGCUACAGAUAUAUUUACUACUUACUCUUAAUAAAAUUGUAUCGCGGUCGAGAAGAACGGAGAGAGAACAAAUCGUACGCACAUACAUACAUAUAUAGACAUAUAAUCAUAUAUUGGCUGUGUUCCGAAAUUCACUACCAGUACUAAAAAUCUAUAGUUUACGUCACGUAUGUUGUAGAUUCUUAGUACUGGCAGUAAAUUUCGGAACGCAGUCAUUUACUUUGGUCCUGUGCGAUGUUCAUUUUUAAUUCGCGGAAGGGAUUGUGUGUUAUGUAUUACGCCAGGCGUCAAUAAUGCCUCGUUAGGCUUGCGAUUUAGAAAACUUGUCGGGUCAAACGCAUUGUAUCUGGAUAUUUGUGCAUCAUAAUUGUUGAUAAAAAUGUAAAACUACAAUUUUAUUGUUAAUAUUUUAACAUUUAGCCUUUCACAGAUGUCAAACGCAUAGAUAUAUCAAAAUAUCAAACAUAAUACCGUGUCAGAUGAUAACAGGUAUCUGGACGCGCACGGCCCGAAAAGUCUUGAACCGAAAGCGUAAGAAAUUAUUGACACCUGAUGUAUCAACUGAAUUUGAAAGUGUUUAUUCCAUGUUGAGGAAAAAGCGUAUAAGGUUAAUGGGAGCUCGAAGAUCUGUGCAAGCACGCUCAUCCGACACGAAGAGAGAGAGAAAAAGAAAGAAAUACGGAACUGAAUGUUCACACUCUUCUCGUAUAUAUAUGUAUAAUUAAGAAUGUGUAUAUACGCGCGCAUGCUAACAUCAUAUAUAUACACAAACACACAUAUACCAUGCAUAUGUAAUAUUGCUAUGAGAGACAGCAAAGUUCAGCAAGUUAGACGCUCUAAUUGCACGUAAAUGGGUAAACGUUUUCCUAUUGUCAUGUUGAUAUUUCUCGAUGUAUAAUCGAUGUCUUUUUCGCGACAAGAUGGUCCGAAAUCGCCGGGAAGGAAAGAUGCGCGGGAACACUUUGGUUGCAAAGGAGGGGAAAAAACAAAUCAAACCGGGGAAAAAGAAAAGAAAUGAGAAUGAAACACGCGAAAUUGGAGAGACGAUGAGCAAAGACACAUUCGAGUCGACCCUCUCCCGCCCAUCUCCUCCUCCCUCGACCGAGAAUGUAGCGUGUGUAAUUGAAGCCUUGUUGCAACUUACUCGUCGACAUUGUUUCCGCUUUGAUCUCAAUGGAGGAUGCAGGACAUCGGAAAUCGAAUCUGAAGCAUCCUGCGAUCUGCGACUCGCUGCUCCAUUGCGGAUAGAGCUUUUUGAGAUCGAGACGAAGUGAGAAGUAAAGAUAAGAUACAGAAAUAAAAUUAAUGUUACUAGUAUAAGAGAAGAACCGCGUAAGAAGCAACCGAUCAGAAAACGAGUGAUCUCAUAUGCAAAAAUUACGAUUGAUUGGAAAUGAGAUAUAUCCGCAAUAUCUUGAUUUUCACUUCUUGUCUGUAUUCCUCGUUCUUGCAUUUCGUUUUGUCUCGAUAUUUACUAUAGCAAGAGAGACCCAAGGCCGAAGAGUCGAACGAUGAGAAAUGCAGACAGGUAUCAUUACUUGAACCUUACCCUCCUCCUCUUUCAUUGAGUCUUCGAUGCACGUUCAACGAGAGCCAGCUGGGCGGGACCAGGCGUGUGUGUUGUGUGUGUAUGUGUGUGCGUGUAUGAUCGCAAGUGGCAGGAUACGAAGACUACCAUCGGAAGAUAGUAUUGUCGAUCUCGCGCAGUGGGCCAUUCUCAAAUGUAACAUUUUUCUUUUUCCACCUCUUCCUUUUUUUUCCGCUCUUUUCUGCUUCUUAUAAAUAUUUUCCUCAAUCUAACUUUGUCCGUGAACCCCAACUGCCCAUCUCUCUAAUUCAACAACCAAACGUUUAACAUGUUGUGUUCUUUUCAUUUUCUGGGUAUUAUAAAUUUUCCAAAAUAAACGUUAUGUUUUUUUAAUAACUUUAGCAGUGACUUUAUUCGAUCGGGAGAGACAUCAUCAUAAUUAUCAUCUUUAUCGUUGCCGAUAUCAUUAUUACAAUCGUCUCAUCGUCAUCAACAUCAACAUCACCAUCACCAUCACCAUCAUAAUCAUCAUCCAUCAUCAUCAUUAUCAUCAUCAUCAUCAUAAUCAUUAUUAUCAUUAUUAUCAUUAUCAGCAUCAGCGGCUUGUUGGUACAUAAUUUCUCCGAUUUUCUUCUCAUCUCUAAUCUUCUCGAUCCGAAUUUCCUUUUCCUUUUUUUCUUUCUUGAUUUAUUCAAAUCUUGUUGAAUCACACGCGAGUUGUUUUAACAGCAAUUGAAAGCGUCGACCACGUCUGUAGCGCGAAUAUGUACGUCGACACGAUUGCGAGAGGAGCGCCGACGAUGCGUCUCUUCAUUAUAUCAGUACAUGUUCAGUCACAUGAAUUUAUGUGAUUUACCCAUUGAAUAACCUUUCAACCUUGGUCCUGCUCUUCGCACAUAGAAAAUUGCAUCUAUCUAUCUAUCUAUCCACUUACCGUUUUCCUUCUACCAUUCAUUCUUUUCCCCUUUCCUCCCACGUUCCUCUUCCCUUUUCUCCCCGUCCCAAAUUACGUUGAUCUAUUUGUAUUUAUCAUGAGCCCAUCGUAAUUGUAAAUUAUAAUUAUUAUAAACGUUUACACGAAAUAAUAAAUUCUGAUAAAAUGUCUGAGAAAAACCAUA